AUGGUUUCCAGGUGUCCAAGAACAGUGGUAUUUACUGAACUAUGGAGGUGUCGAAUUCUCAUGUGCUUCAUGAUCGUGCUAUGUAGCACCAGGAGCUUCCACUCGCAAGCCCAACAACAGGUAUGUUCUUCGUUAAGCGACUGCCCGAAUGGAUCUCUUUGUUUCCCGGAGCCCAUGCUCAGCGGCAACCGUUCACUCCGCAAUUCAUCCUGCUACCUGUCGAGCAAUCAAUCCGAGCCAUAUCUCAGCGAUUCUGAAGUUUGCAAGCCCAUCUCCGGCUUCAUUUUCAAUGACACCAUCGUUCCAGACUGCCCGAAUUGCUGCGUCCCAGGCCUGGCUUACAGGACUUUCGCCUGCUCUCCAAAUUUACAAGGGACCAACAAUGCCGUCCUCUAUGCCACAAGCUUCAACCUCUCAAAUCCGGGGUCUCUCAGGCCGUGCACGUCCUCGCAAUGGAAUAUGGAACCCAUGGCAGCGCUGGCCACUGGAUGGUAUACCCAAGACCGAAGCUUGUGCUCGAAAAACAUCCAAGUUUUAGCUCCAAACGGACGGACUGCGGUCGCUAGAAUGGUAGCUGAAUGCUACUCCCCAGCCGGGUGUCUCAGGGAUCAUUCGUUCACGGAGCCCUGUGCUCCAAACGCUGUGGCUGUGAACGAGCAAGUGUGGAGGCAGCUUGGGUAUGAUCCAGGCAUUGGAAUCUUGAGAAAUAUCACCUGGAAUGUCAUUGAUAGUAAUCUUCCACAGUCCAUUCGAAGCAAAAAGAAUUAUGAGGGAGUGAUCGCUGGGGUAGCAAGCGCUGUGGCCGGGGUGGUGCUUAGCGUCGUAAUCUUCGUAGCAACCAGGAAGUGGAGAAGAUCUCGGAGGAGGCGCAUGGAAAAGCAAGCGCUCAUCGAAGGAAUGAGGCUCGAUGAGAUACUUCUGCACCAGUUUAGCUAUCACGACUUGAAGAUGGCAACUAGAAACUUUGAUCCCGAGCUCAUGCUUGGAGCUGGAGGAUUUGGAUCCGUCUUCAAAGGAGAGCUUGCGGAUGGGAGCCUCGUUGCUGUGAAGAAGAUGGACGUAGAGAUCCAAGGCUCGUCGAAAGGACACUCGCAGUUCAAGGCCGAGGGACCAGCUGCAUUGCUUGUCUACGAGUUCAUGCCCAAUGGAUCACUGGACAAGUGGAUCUUCACCAAGAACGAUGAUGACAAAGGUGGCGAAUCAGCAAAUCUGCUGUUAAACUGGAAUCAGAGACACUCAAUCGCGAUAGAUGUUGCUCGAGGACUCACAUACCUCCAUGAAGGAUGCUGGGAGCAAGUUCUUCACCUGGAUAUCAAACCUCAAAACAUCCUCCUGGACGAGAACUUACGAGCCAGAAUCUCCGACUUUGGCCUGAGCAAGCUUGCCGAGCGGGGAAAGAGCCAAGUGGUGACUGUCAUGCGAGGAACUCCCGGAUACAUGGCACCCGAGUGGCUCCACACCAAAGUCAUGGACAAGACUGACGUUUACAGCUUUGGAAUCGUGCUGCUCGAGCUCGUCAGCUCCAGGCGCACCAUCCAGUUCCAUCCUCCAUCCUCCUCUUCCUCCUCAUCCUCCUCACAACUGUGCUUCCUGGGCGAAACCGCGUUGAGCAUGUUUCACAGUGGCAACGUCAUUGAGCUUAUUGACGACAAGCUCCUGGACCAGCUAAGAGGGGAUGUUAAACCUUUUGGGUUCAAGUGAUGGAAGCUGAGGGUGUUGGUGACUCAAUUCGAAUCGGCAACAGGGUUGAUCCUGUACCAAAGAAGAUAUUGGAGAAUCAGGAUAUCUUCUUGAAGGAUUUGCCACCAGGGCUACCUCCCAGCCAUGAGGUUGAUCAUCAGAUUGAGGUUAUUUCGGGUUCUAAACCACCUACAAAAGCUCCAUAUCGUUUGAACAUCAAGAAGAUGGCUGAAUUCAAGAAACAAUUCACGGAGCUUUUUGACAAAAGUCAUAUCCAACUAAACAAAUCACCUUAUAAAGCACCAGUCCUUUUUGUUAUGAGAAAGGAUGGAACCAUGAGGAUGUGUAUUGACUAUCGGGCACUCAAUAAGAUCAGGGUUAAAAAUAGUUAUCCUUUGCCUCGCAUUGACGACUUAUUUGACCAACUUUUAAAGGCUAAAUAUUUUAUGCAACUUGAUUUGCGAUCCGGGUAUCAUUUGAUACGGGUGGCAGAUUAGGAUGUGGAGAAGACAACUUUUAAGACUCGGUAUGGAUCUUAUAAGUUUCUUGUCAUGCCGUUUGGGUUAUGCAAUGCUCCAGCAACGUUUAGCACUAUGAUGGAUAGAAUAUUUGGAGAUUAUUUGGACACAUUUGUUGUCCUAUAUAUCGCCAAUAUUCUA